UGCUACUACAAUCAACAUUUCAUUAGUUAAAAAGUAUGUAAUUGCUACUUUCGAGAAACAUCUACUGUAAACACGUAUUUGUCGCCGUCAUGCUCUAUCGAUAAGCGUUCGUGUUAUAAGCGUUCGCAGGAAUUAUGCGCGUUCAUGACGUUCAAGGCUGGCGAAACAUCAUCACACAACGCUCACGUUACGGUUACCUCCGCGUAUUCACCGCCGGCGUGACGCUGCUCACAUUUCAAAAUCAAACGCUGAAAUAGUUUACCGAUCCGCUCGGUAAUACUCGCGCUCUCUGUACAUACAAACAGACACAUCGCACAGCGAUUAUUCGGUGUCAAGUGGCCAGGCGUCCUUGCCGUACAUUUGUUGGUAUCGUGCGGAAUUCACAUCAGUCGAAUGGAAAUGACGAACGAAGCAGCCAACGUGAUGGCACCGAAGAUCAUCCGCGACGAUGUGAAGACGGUUAUUGUCAACACCGGAAAUAUUUUAUCAUCGAAUGAUAUCACGAAGAAUCCAGGACAAAAUCCUGCUGAGGAAUUAGCAGAAGCUGUUGGCCUUACAGUGUCUACAAUUGAUUUGGGAUCUAUUAAUAUUGAUAAUGGUGUUGCCCAUUAUGAACAGAAAGGACUUUUGGGGGAUGUAGCUAAUGAAGAAAUUGAGAACUUAAAAAUUGGUAUUAAGGUGUUUCUAGAAGAUGACAACUCCAAGUUUUUACAGGAAGCCAUUGAUAAAGCAUUUGCCGCAUUGAAUGUCUCUGCCGUUCACAACGUUAUAAUUUCCUUGAAUAACAAAGGCACCGGCGAUGAACAAGUGCGAAAAAUUAAAAACAUCUGGAGCAGUGUUGAGAGCUACGUCAAAACCAGUAAAAUUCAACAAGUUGGUUUGUCCGACGUGGAAGAGAGCGCAUUCCGACGGAUUUACAGCGAUGCAAAUAUAAAACCAAGCAUAAUUCAAAUUAAUUUGGCUACGUGUUGCGUCGUCCCGCCCAGUCUCCAGCAAUUCUGCAAGGAUAAUGAAGUUUUACUGCUUACACACAGCGAUCCUGCAGAAAUUUUACCAGCGACGGCGAUUGCGGACAUCUUCGGUGCGCCAUUCAAUCUCAACUGGGCGGUGCGAUUCCUGGUUCAUAUUAAAUGCCGCGGUGUACUUACAACUAAGGGCUACAUAUUAAGUUUGAGCAAAUGAGUAAUUCACCACUUUUAAAGUAUUACAUACAUAUAAACACACUGUGAAUUUAAAAUUGAUAAAUGUUGAUGUAGUUUUGCAGUGUUUUGGUGUGUAAAACACAUUCUUAGUUUUAGAAAGUGUUUUUGGUUGUUUCUAACUUGAUUAUUAAAGCAUUAUUUUUAUUAUCAA